CGGACGGACAGGCAGCCAUGCAGCCAUACACACACAUUCACACACAUUCACACACACACACACGCACGCAGCCAGACGAACGGACGAAAAACGGCCACCGGGCAUGAAUUCAUUUGUCGUCAGCAAGGGGAUGAGUGAGUGAGUACGCAAGGCAGUCAGUAAGUGUCCUUCUUAAAUUUAUCGACUGAAUUGUUCGAUUCACCCACCGAUCUCUCUCUGUUCGCAACGCAUCGCAUCAGCAGAUAGGGGGACAAGGCAAAAAAGCAAAAAAGGGGACCGGCAAAUUUGCUGGUGCAUUGUCCCCCUCGUGCAAUCCUUUCUCACCAGCCAACCAACCAAUACACAGUUAACUGUGUAUUGGUUGGCUGGUGAGAAAGGAUUGCACGAGAGAGACAAUACAACAGCAGCCAGCAAGGAAUGGGGUGUGUAUGUCGGAUGGGCAGCCAGGCAGGUAGCACACAAUACGUCAGUCAAGACAGCACAAACAGAAUGGCCCUGAUGUCGGAUUUCGUAUGGUGGUUGGUCCUGAUGAAGCCGAGCCGACUGGUGUGACGUCACCUCCUUGGCACACCACACCGGCCAGCCUCGUCGAGGGCAGCCACCGUGUCGAACCCGGCAAAGCACACGACACUUGGCAAGAUGGCUGCAAUGCACCGAUGGAGGGAUGGACCUGGCCUGCCCCAAAUCUGUCUGCCGCCUACUCCACUCCCACUGCUUAAAAACAAAAGCGGGCGGAAAGAUGUUUUGAUGCUUGACAGACAAAGAGACGCUAUCUAUCUAUCUAUGUGAACAAACGGCCUGGCUGAUGAACGGACGGGUGGAUGAACUGACCGACGGACCGACCGAUACACUGUCUGACUGACCUAUACCACCCACCAGUCAGUCAAUAUCUAUGUAUGUAUGUAUGUAUAUAUGUGGAUGGGGUAUGUAUGGUAUGUACGCAACGCACACGGACAGACACAUACGGUGUGUGGUUAUAAGGUGUACAUACAUAACAUACAUACCUCACACACACAGUCGGCCUGCCUGCCAGCCAGCCAUUUAGCCCGCCCUGCCUGCAUACUGACUGACUGACUGAUAAAACCCAACCUCUGUCCGCCUCAUUCGCCCAUCUCCCAUCCAUCCCUCACUGUCUCUGUGUGGCCUGCUGCCCACUAGACCCCCCGCCAGACCCCUUGCUCUUGGACUGGUCGUUGUAGUAUCUCUUCUUCCCGCCCUUGCCGUUGCCCUUCGGCCCCGACGACCCCUGACCACCACCGCCGCCGCCACUGCCCCUGCCCUGCACUGCCGACCGCUUGGCGCACCCCAUGCACCGGCACACCGAGCAGAGGGUGCAGGUGAGCAGCUUCCAGCCGAGCCGCAGGGGGAUGAGCCAGAGGAGGUAGGCCAUGAGGCAGAAGUAGAUGAGCGAGAGGGCCUUGUCUGGCAGACUGGGGGGGAUCAGCGGCCGCAGGUCGGGGUACGCCAGGAAGAAACCGCUGCCGUCAAGAACUGCACACAUGGACGCACGCGCACACACGCACACACACACACAAGUAUUUAGGCAACCAUGUCUGUGUGGGCUGGGCUGUGUGUGUGUGUGGUGUGUGUGUGUGGCUACCUCGUUCGAUGGAGUUGUUGAGUUUGUCGAGGAGCGGCUGGCCGUGCGUCGCUUGCAGCUCCUGCGCCUUGGUGGCCGCCAUGCCGGCAUACUGCAGCGAUCGCACCUUGAUGGUCUCCACGUGGGGGGCCAUCUUGUCACUGUAGAACUUGCUCGCGCCCUGAAACACACACGCGAAGACAGACAAGCCAGCAGGCAAAAGCGAUGUGGUGCAUACACACAGAGGCACCGAGAUCUCUUCGUGCCUGCCUCCGUUACCUACCGCGAGUUGUUUCUCUGCCAUGGCGAAUAGGGGCCUGACGGUUCCGGACACAGUGGUCAUGACCAUCUCGACCUUCUCUGGCGGUAUGCGCUGGCUGACGGCAUCGAAGGCGUACUUGCCCACAGACAGCACCACCAGGCAGAUCUCGCUCGCGUCAUCCCACAGUUGGUCCAGAGAGUACAGGUACUCGUCAGACGCACUCUUGCCAGGCGCCGCAGCGGCCAUGGUCUGCUCCAUGUCGCUGAUCUCCUUCUUGGCCUGGCCCAGCUUGUUCUCGAGGGAGGCGAUCUUGGCGGCGUCCUGCUCGGACGCCUUGCUGGCGGCUGCCUUGGUCUGGGUCACGAACUGCUCCAGUUCGGUCUUCUUGUCCUCGAGCAGUUUCAUCUGCGACUUGAGCUGCUCCUUGAGCUCCUUGUUGGCCUUCUUCUCGCUCUCGAGGGCGGUCUCCAGCUUCUGACGCUCUAUAUCGAACUCCUUGGCCUGGGCUAUUUCGGAUGGGCAAGACGGCGGGGCGUCGUCCUGGGCGGCGGCGGGGCACGCCACGAGACAUACCAGCGCGCAUAAGAUGAUGAGGGACCGCAUGGUGGGAUGGCGGCACUCAGAAGGUGAUGAUAGACAGACGGCGAAGCAGUGACGCAGAUUCGCAGACGGGCACCUGCGCCCGAGUGAAUGGCAGCUGAGAAUGCGAAUCAC